AUGGACGGGUCGGCCAUUCAGGACGAUCUGCUGGAUUCGGCGCUCGACCCCCCACCGCGCAUCUUCGAGCGGCUCUCGCAGAUCGCAGGGUACUCUUGGGACGAGACAAUACCUCCUACACAUUCUAGCUACGACAACUGCUCGACGCGGGUCUCUCCUUCCGAACCGCCGCCCUCGUCAUAUUCGAAUGGAUCGUUUAGUGAAGCCAGUGCCGGCGGCGACGACUCUUCCGUCGGAGCGGUGGUGGAGCAGCCAGUGAUCGCAAAGGUGUCCUACCAUGUCCUGCGGGAAGAGAGGGUAUUCCAUAUCAUGAAGAAUUUGGUAGCUACCGCAGACCCCAAUCAGGAACACAUACCACAGCCUUUGGACCUGGUAAGGCUCGCCCCCGCGCCGGGAGACCGGGCCCAGAUCAUCGUUGCGAUAUAUCACUCUCCUGGCCACAAUCUCCUUCCCAAGAUCAUGGACAUGGGGCCAGCGUUCUACAACGCUCGCAAGGUUGAGGAUAAAUGGGUCGCCGACAUCCGAGAUCCACGGCUCGAGACCCCAAUCAGUCUGAACUUGUUCUUGGACUUCGCUAUCGGCGCGACGCAAUGCCUGGAAAUGAUACAUCACGGCGUGGGUGUUAUACACGGCGAGAUACGAGGCGACUCUUUCCACUUCAACGAGGAGACGAGUAAAGUGAAACUGGUGACUGUCGGGUCCGGACUGCGAUCUUUUGAGCACGGCCUGACAAGCACGGGCUGGUCCAGCUUGUCCAAAGAGAUUGGGGCCAAAAACAAAUUGCUGUAUAUCAGCCCAGAGCAGACGGGACGAAUGCCCGCCGAGCCGGACGCGCGGACUGAUAUCUACUCCUUGGGCGUUCUUUUCUGGAUACUGUUGACGCAGAGUCCAAUUUUCGAUGGGGACACACCGCUGGACAUCGUACAGGGAGUACUGGGUAAGAGAAUCCCGAACGUGUCGACGAUCCGGCUAGACGUCCCGGAUGUGCUCGGGAGGGUCAUCCAGAAGUGCACCGCGAAGAACGUCGGAGACCGAUAUCAUUCCAUAAGCGGCCUGAGAUAUGACUUGGUGAAGGUACAGGAGUUCCUGUGUGAUGGCAACUGGCAGGCGCUCAAGGAAUGGCGUAUUGCGUCUCGAGACGUCAGCUCGUUCUUCUUGCUCCCUUCGAUAAUGAUUGGGCGGCAAAAGGAACGGGCGGAGCUCUUGAAGGUCAUUGAGCGGGUUGCCAAGUCCCAUGCCAUGACCCAGCAGGGUCAGCCAAAUAGAUUUUCCGAUGCAUCAGGUUUGUCGAACGAACUUCUGGAUGCUGCUGACUUGUCUGCGAGCGAUGGAGGCAGCUCAGAGGCUGGCGGAAACAGGCAGAGCGGCUCUUAUACUGCUACUAUCGGCUCUGAUCCAAGGUCUCGAAGCAGUGUGAUCCCAUCGUCGGUCUACUCAACCGACUCCCCAGGCCUAUCAGGAGAUUUGAUCACACCUAGCCGCACAUCAGCGAAGCCCUGGGAUCGGCAUCAGUCCAUAUCGCUCGAAACGAGGAGUCUGGUGAACAGUCUCGGCGAAGAGCGGGAGUCUCGGUAUACGCCUACAACUGAUUCCUCAUCUAGUCUCUCCAGACAGUUAGGCAACGCCAAAUUCCGCCGACGAGGGCACUGCGAGGUUGUCACCAUCGAGGGAGCAGGCGGUCUAGGAAAGACUUGUCUUGUGCAGUCUGUCCUCGCCGAUUCCAGGAGAAGCGGAUACUGCGCCACCGCUAAGUUCGACACGGCUAGGAGAACAGCAUUCGGGCCUCUUCUCAAGUUACUUUCCUCUCUCUUCCGACAGGUCUGGGGCGAACGCAACACCGAGACACCGUUCCACCAAGCCCUGAAGCAAUAUAUUCGGCCAGCAUGGCCGAUGCUGCAUCAGGUGCUCAACCUCCCAGAAUUUCUCAUCGGUCCUGUAGAUACAAGCAUCGCCAGGAGCAUGUCCAAUGCGUCGGGGCCAAGCGUGCAGGCAAGGAACAGGGCGUCCGGGGUAGUGAAGCGCAGGGGCUCAUCGCCCGGAGGAACGUCGACUCCACCUUCGUCCUCUUACCGUGGUUCUGUUGUGUCGACUACAAGCUCACAGGAUUUUUUACGGACUGGCGCAUCGACCAAAUCAAUCCGGAUGAUGAACACGUUCCUCGACGUUCUCAGAAUGUUUGCACACCACAAAUUCGUCUGCUUUGUGCUUGAGGAUCUUCAUUUUGCGGACGACGAGUCACUAGAACUCAUCACUCAAAUCAUCAGCGCAAGGCUCAAGAUGGUCAUCGUCAUGACGUAUCGUCCGGAAGAGUUGUCCCCUCAAAAGGUCCAAAGCAUAAUAUCCCCACCCGACUUCGAAGACCAACCCAGAGGACCAAUCGUCACCCGUAUUCCGCUCUCGCCCCUGGGAGAAGAUGAGAUUAUCCAAUAUGUCUCGGCAACGCUGUCGAAACCAAAGGAGGACAUUCUUCCCUUGGCUUUGGUGAUUCAGUCAAAAUCCGGCGGCAAUCCCUUUUACAUACGUGAGAUGCUCUCUGCCUGUCACAGCAAACGAUGCAUCUUUUACGAUUACAAAUCGAGUCAGUGGGUUUACGACCUUGACAAGCUGUUUGAGGAGUUCCAGGGUGAGCAGAACUAUGAUGUGCUCGACACAAACUUCAUCACACGGCGUCUUAGCGAACUACCAGAAGCUUCAAAGUGUCUCCUUGGAUGGGCCGCUCUUCUUGGUCACUCAUUCUCCUUCGAUCUCAUUUGCCAUCUCCUCAGGGGUGAGUGUCAAGAUGCGUGUGCCUUGUCACCAUCGGAGCACAUACAUCGUCCUUAUAAGCAACAAGAGGCGGUGGCGGGGUUGCAGGCAGCGAUCCAGGCUCUGGUAAUAGUACCGAGCGAGACCGAUGACCGCUUUCGCUUCGCGCACGAUCGAUACAUACAAGCCGCUAGUCAGCUGAAACUUUGUGAUGCGCGGAAGAUGCAUUUUGUAAUCGCCCAGGUCCUCAUGAAGUACUACUUAGAGGAUGGCAAGAUGAAAGAGAACAUCGCCUCGCAUAUCUGCGAAUCCGUCGACAUCAUACGGCAGCGCGUGCAAGUUCGGCGACCCUAUCGUCAGCUUCUGUUUGACUGUGCAAAGGUCAGCACGGAGCGCGGUGCGAGACCGACUGCCGCCAAGUUUUACACCAACGCGGUUGCGCUUCUUCAAACAAACCCCUGGGACGACGGCAUAGAGGAUGUCUCGUACGAGGAGACAAGUCAAUUAUACCUCCGUGCCGCGGAGUGUUAUCUUUACAUGGGCAACCACGGCGCGGCUAAUGCCUUGCUGGGAACUAUUUUCAUGUCAGCGAGAACUGCAUUCGACAAGGCGCCCGCCUCUGUUCUGCAAGCUAGGAUAUUCUCCCAGGCAGGCGACGCUGAAGAGGCCUUAAGGUGUCUUGUGCAAUGCCUCAAAGAUCUUGACGUGCCGUUUGACGAGCAUCCGACCUGGGAGAAGUGCGAUGCCGAGUUUGAGAGGGUAAUUGUCGAGAUCCGGUCUCUGGAGCGAAACGAGAUCGUCAACCCGCCCCACACGGACGAUCCGAAUUUGGCAUCCAUCGGAGCCGUGCUUGCAGAUGCCAUCAGCGCAGCCUGGUGGAGCGAUUGUGUCAUGUUCUUCCAUCUCUCCCUCGUGAUGGUGGACGUUCAUUUGAGCCGUGGAGCGUUCCCAAGCAGCGGUAUGGCAUUCUUACAUAUUGCCAUGGUUGCCCUCUCCAGGUUCAGCAUGGCGGAACUGGCUAUUGAGUUGGGCUCUAUCUCGCUGGACCUCCUGGAUAAGUACCGAGACGCCUUUUCUAUGGCCCGAGGCUACAUGUUGUAUUCAUUUCUCGUUGGUCAUGCUCAGAUGCCUUUAAGCGUCGCUGUGAGUCAGGUUGAGGCUGCUGUCGAAUAUGCUACCGUUGCAGGAGACCGCACGUCCACCAUCCUCAGCUUCGGCAUGCUCGGCCAGUUGAAAUUCUUCGCCAGUGAGAAUUGCGCGGACUUGGAAGCAUUCUGCCAAUAUGGCUGCGAGGACGUCCCAUAUUGGCACCAGGAUACGCGUGGUGGGACGCUUCUCAUCGCACUUCGGCAGGUCUGCCGGGCUUUGCAGGGAAAGACGCGGGUUGCUAUUGCGGAACAGGUAAUGGAUGACACCCAGAACAGUCACAACUCCGCUGCAUACAAAUCGUGGCUGGAUGCGAAUACGAAGAACGGCCAGCGCUCCGUCACCUGGUAUGAGACGCUGGAGAUGAUCCCGCUCUUCCUCUUUGGGCACUACGAUAGGGCAGUGCAAAUGGGUAAACGCUGUGUUGCCAACGAACAACUCCUAUGGUCCGCACGCAAUACUCGAUCAGUCAUGUUGUUCUAUGGGCUGUCUCUUGCAGGUCUCAUUUUCCAUAGACUGGAUGAUCCUCGCAAUCAGAAAAAUGAUAUGGACGAGGAAAUCAAGGCUACAGUCGAGACACUGGAGUUUCUACGAAGGAGAAUUCUGGACUGGGAAACGGUGUCCAACAUCAACUAUCUGCCCUGGGACCAUUUUCUGGAAGCGCAAAUCCUCGAACUCAAGCAUGACACCGGUCAGGCUGUUCGCGUGUAUGAAGAUGCACUAGACCACGCCUCUGAGCAGAGUCUGGCUUUCGAGGAGGCGGUUGGCAACUACCUCAUGGCUGGGCUUUUCAUAAGAAGAGGCGCUCGGAGGUCAGCCAAGUCUGCUCUUAUGGAGGCCGUUGGCCUCUUCCGUGCCAUGAGUGCCACAGGGCUAGCAGAGCGGAUCGAGGAGGACCACCACCUUCUGCUUCAUGGCCCCACCCGAAACCCGCGUACCGUCGACGCCAUCGUACAAACUGAUUUUGCGGGAGAUCCGCUUACUGUACAAUACCGUGCAGUUGAUGGAGAGGCAGAGGUUCCGCCACAACCGGCUCUAGCGAGCAUCUCUGAGCUUGAAGAGAGCCGGAUAGGAGCCUGGAGAGGCUCGAUGCAUCCUCCCGAGGCCGGUGCUGGCCUGCCCUCCCUCGAUAUGAUCGACCUCCACGCCAUACUCGUGUCUUCGCAAGUCAUUUCGUCCAUUCUCGAGGUCCAAGAACUCCUCAAGACGAUGUGUGAUGUGAUCUUGCAAACAUGUGGAGGGACGGCGACGCUAGCGGCCAUAAUUGUUGACGAUUCUGAUCAGUGGUGUGUCGCGGCGAGCGGCGACCCAGAGAGAGGUGCACAAGCUCACAAGCCUGCGGUGCCGUUGAGUUCAUCGCAGCACAUGGUCCCAGAGAAUGUUAUCCUCUACUGUACCCGCUUCAGGGAGGCGGUGUGGAGUCCUGAUAUCAACAGCGACGAGCGGUUCGGAGUCAGCGAGCAAUGGCUCCAGAAGAACCCCACGGGUCGUGCUAUAAUCGCGUAUCCCAUCAGCCACGGCACAGGUCCACUGCUUGGUUGUCUCUAUCUUGAAGGGAGCCCAGGUUCAUUCACCGACCGCAACGUCACCGUCACGCAGCUCCUCGUCAACCAGAUCGGCAUCAGCUAUUCAAACGCCCUGUCUCUGAAGGCGAUCGAGAAAGUAUCGAGCGAGAACGCCAGCAUGAUCGAAGCCCAAAAGCGCGCCUUGUUGCAGGCUCAGGAGGCCGAAACCAAAGCCAAGGCUGCAGAAGCCCAGGCGAGGCGCAACGAGAAGCGUGCGGAGGAGGCUGCCAAGGCGAAGAGUAUCUUCUUGGCAAAUGUGUCGCAUGAGCUUCGCACACCUCUGAACGGCGUCAUUGGCAAUUCAGAACUACUGAAGGACUCGAACCUCUCGAAAGAGCAACUCGAGAUGGCUGACUCGAUCCGGGUCUCUGCCGAUCUACUGCUCACUGUCAUCAACGACAUCUUGGACUUCUCCAAGAUGGAGGCGGACAAGAUGAAGCUCUACAUCACUGCUUUCAAUCCGGAAGAGAUGGUGCGGGAGGUUGUUCGCGCCCAAUCGUACAGCAAUCGAGAGAAGACAAAGCGGCAGAACGUUUCUAUUGUUCGCGACAUCAACCUACCGCCCAUGCUCAUAUACGGAGAUCCAAUUCGUUUGCACCAGGUCCUCGGCAAUCUGAUAUCGAACAGUCUGAAAUUUACCGAGGACGGUUCGGUCACGAUUGGAGCUCGUCUCGAGUCAGAGACAAGUGAGAGAGCCACCCUGACGUUCUGGGUGAAAGACACCGGCAUCGGAAUCUCGCCAGAACAGAAGGCAAAGCUCUUCCAGCCCUUCAGCCAAGCCGAUACGUCUACCGCGCGCAAAUACGGCGGGAGUGGGCUGGGCUUGUCCAUCUGUAAGUCGCUGAUUGAGACGAUGAUGAAGGGUGAGAUCGAGUUGGAGAGCGAGCAGAACGUCGGAACCACGGCUUGGUUUACCGUCACAUUUGACAAAGCCAAGCCUAAUGUCGCGGCUGGUGACCCUCGCGGCCUGCCCGACAGCUUCUCUCAGAGGUCUUCUGACAACGUGAACCGGGAGGCCUCUCCCAACCCAUACCUCGAUCUCUCUGUGAUUCCGAAAGACGAACUGCGAGUGUGUAUCGCAGAGGACAAUGCCAUCAACCAGAAGAUCGCGAUUCAGUAUGUUCAGAGACUCGGCUACACCAAAGUCGACGCUUACGACAACGGGCUGAAAGCUGUCGAGGGCCUGCGCCAAAAGGCUAAGGAGGGUCAGCCGUACCAUAUCAUCCUGAUGGACGUGCAGAUGCCGGUGAUGGACGGAUACAAUGCCACACGGUUACUACGAAAGGACCCGAUCGAGGCGGUACGCAAAAUCUUGGUCAUCGCCAUGACCGCGAGCGCCAUUCAAGGAGACCGUGAGAAGUGCUUGGCGGCUGGCAUGAAUGAUGUAUUAUCUAGCGAAGCCGGUGCGCUCGGACGUGCUCAAGAGGAAGUUGGAGACCUAUAUCAAUCCAGGGGAAAGGAAGCUUAG